AUGUCUGACAAACAGACCAGCCAGGCUUCCCAAAGGAAGCCGUCCAGUAACAAGAACAUCAAGAAGCUCCGCACUGUUAGCAUGGUGUGCAACCUGACUAGCAGCUGGCAACAGUGGGUGACAGAGAACGAGAUAAAGCAGGCUAGUGAACCCAGUGGCUGGUCUCCGUCUUCGCUUGGAGGACCAACAGAACCCAAAAAGACGUGGGUCUCAAAGAAGCCUGCUCCUGCUCAAACCCAACCAACAGAAGCUUCUCAAACUCAUGUAAUCACUUCUGCAGAGGCUCAGAAGACCUUAACUCCUCACAACGAGACCCUAGAUGCAUCCAAUACUGGGGAGGUUAAGACCUCAGCUGAGCAACUGGUUGCAUCUCGCAUCAAGGUAAAGCAAGUGGUAAAGACGGUGACGAGCGGGGUUCAGGAGAAAAGUGUUGGCAUUGGGCUCCUGACCGAAAAGAUCAAGAAAGAGUCUCUGCCAUCAGCUGAGGAGAUUGACAGGCUUCUGAAGAAGAAAAGCUCACCUACACGUCGCAGAAAAUGCUCCAACAUGGUCUCAUCUCUGACCAAAAGCUGGAAGCAGGUGGAGAAAGAGGUAGAAGGACCGGGAGAGGGACGCACCUUUGGAGGUGGUAAAGACGACAGUGGACACUCUAAGGCAGAGAAGCAGAGACUGGACAUACAGGAUGCUCAAACCCACAGAACAAGCUCUUUGACAGAAGCAGAGCAAAAAGACUCGGAAGGAGACUCUGAGUCAGCAAUGAAGAUUAAAAGAAAAGUCCCAACGUACAAAAAGGAAGCUGAAGAUGCCAACAAGAUAAACGCCCUCUCCAAGAAAUACAGUGCUGUGGGAAACCUCAAGAGCCGCUGGCAGAACUGGGCCACAGAGCACACUGUGACCCAGAAACUAAACCCCUUCAGUGAAUAUUUUGACUACGAUUACUCCAUGUCGCUCCGCCUCCAAAAGGGCCAAGAGGGUUACGGACGCCCCAAGGAAGGAACCCAAACAGCAGAGAGAGCCAAACGCGCUGAGCAACACAUCCACCGUGAGAUAGACGACAUGUGUUAUGUGAUCAGGACUAUGGCUGAUCCGGACCCAGACGGAAAGACCCGCAUUACGUUUGGGCAGCUGUUUGACAGAUAUGUUCGGAUCUCCGAUAAGGUGGUGGGGAUUCUGAUGAGAGCCAGGAAACAUGGGAAAGUGGCCUUUGAAGGGGAGAUGCUGUGGCAAGGCCAGGAUGAUGGAGUGAUCAUUACUCUACUGGUGUGA